CAAGCUCGACAUAUUUAGUUUUUGUGAAUUGAAGGUGAAAUUAUAAUUAAUGUUAUAGUUCUUCGAUUGUGGUGAAAAAUAUGGGACCAUUUGAAUUAAUAAAAAUACGACGUUAUUUAGUGUUCCGCAAAGAAAAGUUUUCGCAAACUUCUCAGGCUGUAUCCAUCAAUUCUGAACUUAAUGCAAUAAAAAUAAUGAAAGUAAAUUGUCUUGCAUAACUUUUGUCAUAAGAUAGCCCAUAUUUUUGGCCAGCAUUUUGUAUACCAUUCAUUGAUUUAUUUAACGUAUGUUGUUUCAGAAUCAUCAAACUGUUCAAGAAAAUUAUUCGAUGAAAACUGUUACCAUGUUGCCACUGUUCCUUUUGGCGAUACAUCAAAUGCGUUAUUCGGAAUAUUUAACGACCAUUAAUCAACCAAUUCAACAACUCCUUAAUACAACAAAGUUCUCAGAUGUGCAUCUGCUUGUUCACGAUCCUUACAAAAACAAAUCUGAAGUAAUUGAUGGGAUAUACAAGACAGUAGCUGAAAUUCUACCAACUACAUACAUUUUUUUAAAUAAUUCAAUUCCUGCAAAAUUACCGUCUAUUUAUACAUCUCAUGAGACUCUACUGCUAUUUAUUUACUUCUCUAAUAAUUGUCCAAAUUUGCAAGAAUCAAAAAAUAUUACUGACACAAUUACUUCAAAUAACAAUACUCCAAAAGUUUUGUUGGUGACUGUAUUAGAAGAAGAAAAUUGCAAUUUUCUAUCAUUUUUGGAGCAAAUGUGGAAGAACCAUAUUUUGGAUGUGAUGAUCUUAGAGGUACCAAAAUUCAAAGAAGAUCAAACUGUUAUAAUGAUUCAUCAGUACAAUCCAUUUUCAAAAAUAUAUGAUCGACAACGGUACACAUCAAGUGUAGAAUGGUUUCCUAAUAAACUAAAGAAUCUCUACGGCUAUCCAGUGAAAGCAUAUGUGCGUCAAAAAGCAUCUACUUUAAUACCGAAGACAUAUUAUCAAGGAAGUACACAAAAUAUAACGAUUGGAGGUGCUGACGCAAAAACAUGGGACGCAAUCACUCAAACUCUAAACUUCACUCCAAACCUAUUAUUCUAUGAAUUGCCGCAAACAGGCUUGGGUGAAUUUAGAAGAAAGUACGACAUUGACAUAAUGAUGAUAUCACUACCUUUUUUCAAGGAUGAGAACUAUAUAUCAAACGAUGUUGGAUAUACUUUGCCCCUCUUCUUUGAAACUUUUUGUCCAGUGGUACCAAUUGUUUAUCAGUAUGAAACACUUGUAACGAGAGCUGUUAUUAGUAUAGCCAUUAGUUUCAUUGUAACUUUAAUUGUUUGGAGGAUAUCAAUUAUCCUAAAAUUUUAUCAGAAAUCCUGGCGACCAUUGGAAAUCUUUGGUCUAUUGAUUGCAACAUCUGUGUCUAUGAAACCAAAAAGACUAAUCGAGAAGACUAUAUUUCUUGGUCUCAUUCUUCUGUCAUCUAUUUAUUCCACUAAUUUGUACAGUGAUCUGACUACUAGCAGUCUUCACGGAUCAUCUCAAACAGUUUAUAAGGAUUUUAAAGAGUUGGAUAAUUCUGGAUUGAUUCCUAUUAUCCGUACAUCGUUAUACAAUUCAAUUUUUGAUAAUAAUGAUCCGUAUUUAGCAGCCCUAAAGAAGAAAGCUUUGGUCAAAAAUAGUACAUAUCAUUGCUGUGACUAUUUAGCGAAAUAUAAAAAUGUUACUUGUUUCUUGAAUUCCAAAUUUGCCGAGAAAAAUAUUUAUUCGUUCUUACGUAGAGGUGAAAACGUCAUGACCAUCUGUAAGAAUCUCUGUUACGCUAAACCACCGGUUGGUUACUAUGUGCGUAAGAAUUUACCAUACACUAAGCGAAUUAACGAGAUUCUGAUCCGUUUACAAGCCUCAGGCAUUUUUGAAAAAUGGUACGCGAAUGAUAGUGGUCAAUUUUCAAUAAGGAAAACGCACUUUAUUAAUAUUGAUGAGCAGACGGAAUCAUCGUUAGUGUCUAGUCUGAUUUGUAUAGGAGGCUGCGGAUGUUUACUUUCUUUCUUGGUAUUUUGUGCUGAGAUAAUAAUCAAUCGUAUUGAAAAAAGGAAGCAAAAAUAAUGGGUAUUUGCACAAUUAAAUGUAAGAAGCAUUGUAUGGUUUUCAUUGUUCACUGCACGAAUCUUUUGCUUAGGGACAUUCAAACAAUCUAAUAUUAGAAGCAUAGGAUUUAAUGAUCUUGUACUUUAGUUGAGU